GGUCACGUGGUGUCGCAUCCUUCCAGUGGGCAGACUGGCGUGUCUUUACUGGGUUACGGAACCGCGGAGCAGUCGGGCUGGUUCCGCGCAUAGCCGCGGGAUACAUCGGCUCUUUCCGUCUCUGCAGCCGGACUGCUGCGCUGCCACGGCGCAGGUUAUGCCACCCCAAAGGAUUACUGGACCCCCUGCGGUGAAAGAGAAGGGCUGAUCCCGUCCUUCUCCAGGUUCUCUCAGUUUCCCGCCCGAUCCGUUCCUCCUCUCCCCAUGGCGCUAACCGUACCUCCCCUUCAGUCCUUUCCCUGUUAAACUCUUCCAUUACCCUGCACAGGUUCCUGCCCGUUAGCUCUUCUAAAUUAGCCUUCGGCCGUGUUAGCUAGCCUGUGAGUCGAGACUCUUCCUGUUGGCUGCUGGUUUGGACUCAUGGCUACUGGAGGUCAUGAUGUUCUGGUUAACCUACAGCAGGUGAAGGCGGAGGAUCAGGAUGCAGCUGAGGAGGAGCAGGAAGAAGAAGAGGAAGAGGAGGAGAGUUGGGAGAAGGCUCUGUCUGUGGAGCGCUUCAGAGACAUCAUCGGAGAUUCAGCGUCCUGCGGCGCCGAGCGGAUGGGCCGACUUUACACCGAGAAGGACUUUGAGUAUCACAGACAUGCGUUUCUCCACACACACCACCCGUUAUCCACUCACCUGCCUGCGCUGCAGCGCAAGCGGCCGCACGGCGCCGACCGCAGGCACAAGAAGAAACGCAAGAGAAAAAAAACCUCGCUGCCGCCCUCUGAUGUCACGCCCACCAUCCAGGAAGUAGACGAGGAAGAGGCGGAGUCUGACGCCGACGCACGCCUGGCGACCGCCACUCCCACCGAGUUCCCAGACAUCCAGCCGCAGUUUAGUUUUGGGAGCCAAGAGGACUUGGAGGAACCGCUACGACUUGCUGCCGUCCACGUGGAAAACGAAAAGCGUUCCUCUUCCAGGAAAGCGGCGCUCACGCUGAUAAGGGAGGCGGCGAGUAACGACAGAACCGAGGAGAAAGAUGGAGGACAAGCAGCUUCCCGAGGUGCGUCGGAAGCCGUCGGUCCGGCGCCGAGCCGCUGCUGGCUGCGGCGGAAAGCCGUCCACCAUCGGCUAACGGCCGCCCAGCGCAGCAACUACGACCUGCGGGAGCGGCUCUGCAUCGGCAGCAUGACCGCCAUGGAGGCCGCCGUCUACCAGCAGGUGCCCACCGACGAGGCCGAGGCCCAGAUGUUGGUCAGCGCUGACCUGGACGACAUGAAAAGCCACAGGUUUGAGGACAACCCCGGCGUUCGGCGCCACCUGGUGAAGAAAUCCUCGCGUUGCCAGAUGUCGCGGUCCAGCAUGAGCUCCACGCCGCUGUCCAGUCUGAAGAAGAAGAAGCGAGCGGCGGAUAAGAAGACCCACGAGCUGUUUGUGGAGCUGAACGAGCUCAUCGUGGACAAAGACCAGGAGAUGCGCUGGAAGGAGCGAGCGCGUUGGAUCAAGUUUGAGGAGGACGUGGAGGAGGAAACGGACCGCUGGGGAAAACCUCAUGUGGCGUCGCUGUCGUUCCGGAGCCUGCUGGAGCUUCGCCGCACCAUCACACACGGCGCCGUCCUUCUGGACCUGGAGCAGAACACUCUGCCCGGCAUCGCCCACCUGGUGGUGGAAACCAUGAUCAUCUCGGAUCAGAUCAGAGCGGAGGACCGGCCCAGCGUUCUGCGAGCGCUGCUUCUCAAACACAGCCACCCGAGCGACCUGAAGCACCGUUUCCACCGCCACCAGUCGUCAGCCAGUCUCCACGGCAGCUUCAACCACAACCACGUCCAGGAGACCAGCCUGCCCCUAGUGGCCGAGGAGAACGACGACAAGGGGCCGGUGUACGACCCGAAGCAGGACGUCUUCGUCAGCCUCUUUAAAUCCCUCCACCCUGUGCCUCCAGAGCAUCAUCCAGGUGCUGCCAGGUCCCUCAAGCUGCUCGCCAAGAUUCCCAAAGACGCCGAAGCCGUCAUUGUUCUAGUUGGAUCAGUGGAGUUUCUGGAGCAGCCUGCUAUGGCCUUCGUCCGGCUGAGCGAGGCCGUCCUCCUGGAGUCCGUGCUGGAGGUUCCCGUCCCCGUCCGGUUUCUCUUCGUCCUGCUCGGCCCCAGCCAGUCCAACGUGGACUACCACGAGAUCGGACGCUCCUUCGCCACGCUAAUGUCUGAAAAGAACUUCCAUGAGGUGGCGUACUUCGCAGACGACAGGCAGGACCUCCUGAACGGCAUCAACGAGUUCCUGGACUGCAGCAUCGUCAUCCCGCCGUCGGACGUGGAGGGCAAAGACCUGCUGAAGACGGUGGCCGACUUCCAGAAGCAGCUGCUGCGCAAAAGGAGGGACCGAGAAGGCAAGAAGCUCCCUUCUGCUCACGGAGCGGAGCAGGACAGCAAAGCCGAGGCGAGUCCGGAGGAAGAGGAGGAGGCGGAACAGGAAGUGGACCCUCUGAAGCGCUCAGGCGUCCCGUUCGGGGGCCUGAUCCACGACAUGCGCCGCCGCUACCCGCAGUACGUCAGCGACCUGCGGGACGCCCUGGACACGCAGUGUGUCGCCGCCGUCAUCUUCAUCUACUUUGCUGCGCUGUCGCCCACCAUCACGUUCGGAGGCCUGCUGGGGGAGAAAACCGAAGGCCUGAUGGGCGUAACCGAGCUAAUCAUUUCCACGGCAACGCUGGGGGUUAUCUUCUCCCUGCUGGCCGGUCAGCCGCUCCUCAUCAUCGGUUUCUCCGGACCGCUGCUGGUGUUCGAAGAGGCUUUCUACAAGUUCUGUCAGGCGCAUGACUUUGAAUACCUGACCGGCCGCGUCUGGAUCGGCUUCUGGCUCAUCUUCAUCGUCCUGGUGAUCGUGGCGGCGGAGGGAAGUUUCCUGGUCCGCUACAUCUCACCGUUCACACAGGAAAUCUUCGCCUUCCUCAUUUCCCUCAUCUUCAUCUACGAAACCUUCUCCAAACUCAUCAAGGUGUUUAAGGAGCAUCCGCUGAUGACGGUUUACCCGUCGGACUCCACCGUGGAUGUGGAUGGUCCGGUCCUCAACCAGCCCAACACGGCCCUCCUGUCCCUGGUGCUCAUGAUAGGAACCUUCUUCGUUGCUUUUUUCCUCAGGAAGUUCAGAAACAGUCGCUUUCUGGGCGGCAAGGCUAGAAGAAUUAUCGGUGACUUCGGGAUUCCCAUCUCCAUCCUGCUGUCCGUACUGGUGGAUAUCUCCAUUCCUGACACCUACACUCAGAAACUCAAUGUGCCGUCUGGGUUUUCCGUCACGUCUCCCGACAAGAGAGGCUGGCUCAUCAGUCCGUUCGGAGACAAGCAGCCGUUCCCAACAUGGAUGAUGGGAGCGUCCGUCGUUCCCGCUCUCCUCGUCUUCAUCCUCAUCUUCAUGGAAACACAGAUCACCUCGCUGAUCGUCAGUAAGAAGGAGCGCCGCCUGUUGAAAGGCUCUGGCUUCCACCUGGACCUGCUGCUCAUCGUCGUGCUCGGCGCCGUCUGCCCGCUCUUCGGCCUGCCGUGGCUCACCGCCGCCACGGUGCGCUCCGUGACGCACGUCAACGCGCUGACGGUGAUGAGCAAAGCCACGGCGCCUGGGGAGAAGCCCGUGAUCCAGGAGGUGAAGGAGCAGCGGCUGACCGGCCUGCUGGUGGCGGUGCUGGUCGGCAUGUCCAUCGUGAUGACCGACGUCCUGCGCCACAUCCCGCUCGCCGUCCUCUUCGGCAUCUUCCUCUACAUGGGCGUCACCUCGCUGACCGGCAUCCAGCUCUAUGAACGCAUCACGCUCAUGGUGACUCCCGCCAAGCACCACCCGGACCACAUCUACGUUACCAAGGUGAGGACGUGGCGUAUGAACAUGUUCACCGUCAUCCAGCUGGCCUGCAUCGUGGCGCUGUGGGUGGUGAAGUCCACCGUGGCGUCGCUGGCCUUCCCCUUCAUCCUCAUCAUGACCGUGCCGCUGCGCCGCCUCGUCCUCUCCAGGAUCUUCGAGGAGCGUGAGCUGCAGGCGCUGGACUGCGACGAAGACUCCCCCAACUUUGACGAAGACGGCCGAGACGAAUACAACGAGAUCCACAUGCUCGUCUGAAGAUCAGAACCCGGUUCCUCCUGCGGCGCCGCCGGAUCGAAGCACACAGACACUGAACCGAGUUACACACUGGAUGAAAACGCACCUUCGCUCCGUUUCCAUCCAGAAACCAGACGCUUCAACAUCUUAUGGAUCCUUUUGUCCCUUUAACUUCUCUGCAGGUCUGGGGAAAACUGCAAUGGGGAAACAAACAUGAUUUAUUUUCUUUUUGUAAGGAGAAAUCAGAACUGCCUGUAGAUGAGCUGCCUCUUCCUCUGUACUGCCGUUAUCGCUUUCACUUUUAGAAACUAACUUUCUGACAGCUGAACUUCCUGGCCGUCUUUAAAUGUCGUUUUCUGGUGGAAACUCAGAGGAAAUCUGUUAGUAGUUUGACCCCUGAACUUAUAAAUAUAUAAUUCACACCCACCCAACCUUAA